AUGGCUCCCGCGCCGAGCCUCCCGGGCGGCGGCACUGCGGAGCCUCCCGAGCCGUCUGGCCAGCGCGCGGCUCCCUCCCGGGGGCUCCACCGCCUACUCCUCGUGCAGCCGCGGAGCCCUCAUGGCCACGCCCGGGCCGCCCUGGGCGCCGCCGCCGGGUCCGCCCCGGCCACUGCCCCCAGCCCCGCUACGGCGCGGGACCCGGGUCUCCGCAGGCUGGCCGCUGACCGGCUGGCCCGGGGAGGUGGGGGGGGGGCGGGGGUGUCCCCGCUGCGCCUGUGCGGAGGGCGCCGUGCAUUCUGGGGCCUGUAG